GAAACGUGCAGCCGCAAACACAAUCGACGCGAUCGCCUGAGAGCAACCAAAACGUCAAGUUCAAGUUUGUUUAACGACGCGCGCGCGGGUCUCUCUUAUUGCUAUCGAAAGUCCUAAAUAAGAAUACGAAAGAAAUCAUUAAAAAAUAAAAACAAUUCAUAUUUCUAAUAAAAACGUCACAGUCUUGUACACGGUUUUAUCUUUGUCAGUGUUGUGUUCAACUUCUGCCAUUUUGUGUGGUGUUCAAGUAUUUCGCCAUUCUCGGUGCCGCGACAUCUCCGAUCUCCGAUCGCCGUUGUAUUUCAUUAUAUUAUUUUGUUGUUGGUUUGUCGUCUGCCAGUUUUGUUUUUAUCGACGCGUUUCUUUUUUGAACUCUCCGUGUGUGUGUUUGUGUGUGACGUCUAUCGCCUUGAAGAACCGCCUCCAUCAAAACUAUCAAACGUCGCGAUUUUUAGUUAUUAAAAAACCGAUUUGUUUAUUGUCAUUCACCGCGCCGCAUCCCCUGUGAUCUGUUGCACGCUAAUCAAUGAAGUUGUGCCACACACACGCACAAACAGUGGAAAAUUUUCAGCUCUGAAGGAGAGAGAAACUGUAAAUUUGGCGAAACCGACGACGCAACGCUGCGACGUAGGUAAAAGAGAUCUUUAAAUUGAACAUUGUUUGAUCGCAUCGAAUGCCGAGAUUCUUGAAGCUCUCGCAGUGGCCACCGCGAUUCAACUAUAGUUCAAUGCAAGUUCGCAGGUUUUGCCGCCUUCAGAUUAUCAAAUAGACAGUUCGCCCCCCAUUAAAACGAUCCUCUCAAGGAUCGCUCGUGAUCAAUUUAUACAUUUUUUUUUAAGAAGACGCCGACAAGAUGAGUUUCAGUUCGGCCAGCGGAAGAGAGAACAAUGUUCGCAAAUUGUCCUUCCUCGGCUUCAAUACAAAGAAAAAGUCUGGCAAUGAAGAUCCCGAUGAAGUGCUGUUGGACUCGGAAAUGGAUAAAGUCUUUGCCGGCUCAAAUCCGCGCAAAGACAAAUUCGAUGUGAACACGUUUCAGGAUAACAGCCAGCUGCCCAUUGGAUCACGCAAAAAGAGCAGUGUACGCACAAAUGACCUCAACAUUGAGGAGGACUCGGAAUACGAGAGCCAAACGGAGCCAUUGAAUAAUGCACAAAACUAUGAUGAUAUACCAGAAGAUUUCCCAUUAGUCUCGGAGCGUGCUGGACACGGCGAUCACUCGGAUAAUUCCGCUGAUGAAAAGCACGUGCAAUUCGGUGAUGCCAAAAAGAAAAUUGUCAUCACACCGCCCAGUCUGAGCUAUGAUGAACAGCCCACGGAUCAAUCGCACGAACGUAAACGCAGAAAAAGCCGCCAUCAGUAUUAUAGACAACGUAAAUUCUCACAUCAGGACAGCGUGGAACCCAAAAAGACAAUCGAGGAGAACGGUGAUGCAGGUGCGCGUAGGAUCUCUGUGCAGCCUGAGGACACGGCAUUGGAGACAAAUGGCCAAAUGCCACAGGCUACACAGGAAGCUGAUCUCAAUGAGCUGAGAUCACAUCGUUCGGAUGAUCCUCGCGCUCUGCGACGCCACAAGAUUCAUCAUUCAUCCAUCAAGCUGCGCGAAUUGCCGCAAAUCACAAUUUCGCCGUUCACCAACAAGAAGCCCGAAGUCGAUCACAGUCCCCAUGAGAUCUUUGUGCAACUCGAUGAACUCACGGGCGUGGGCGAGGAUCGCGAGUGGAAGGAAACAGCUCGUUGGAUCAAGUAUGAGGAGGAUGUCGAGGAAGGCUCCGAUCGCUGGGGCAAACCGCAUGUUGCCUCUCUCUCAUUCCACUCGCUGCUCAAUUUGCGUCGCUGCCUGGAAACGGGCGUUGUCCUGCUGGACCUCAACGAGAAGGAUCUGCCCGCCGUUGCCUAUCGCGUCGUCGAGCAGAUGGUCGUCGAGGAUCUCAUCGACAUCAAUGACAAGCCUUCGGUUAUGCGAUCGCUUCUGUUACGCCACCGCCACGUGAACGAGCAUCAAGGCGUGUUGCCUUUCACGAAGCGCAAGUACAACAGCUACACCAGCCUGCAGCAACUACUACCCAAAUCGCUACUUUGGAUGGGCGCCGAGGCGACACAGCAACUACAACAACAACAACAGCAACAGCAGCAACAACAUCAGCAGCAGCAGCAACAUCAGCAGCUACAUCAACUACAACGAACACAGCUGCCGAAGACAAGACGCAGCAUCUGCGUCACUUCCAGUGCCCCACCGGCAGCGAUGCUCAAUCUGGGUGCCAUCGAUCAUCGGCGACACUCGACGACCUCGUAUCUGGGUAACCUCUCGGGCACCACGGAUGACAAGAAGAUCAAGAUCAUGCCGGCCAGUGAAAUUGGCGGCAGCAAGCGCAGCAAUGAGCUGAAGAUCGACAUGAAGGAUGAUCUCUGCUCAUCCUCGCAGGAGGAUCUCAAGAAGCUGCAAAACGACACCAUACUUCGGCGCAUUCCCGCUGGCGCCGAAGCCACCACAGUUUUGGUGGGUGCCGUUGAGUUCCUGGAACAGCCCACCAUUGCCUUUGUGCGUCUCUCGGAGGGCGUGCUCAUGCCCACAUUGACCGAAGUGCCCGUCCCGGUGCGCUUCAUGUUCGUGCUGCUUGGACCACGCAACUUUGAUCUGGACUAUCAUGAGGUGGGUCGCUCCAUCUCGACGCUGAUGGCCAACGAACAUUUCCAUGCCAUUGCCUACAAGGCCGACGAUCGUCGUGAUCUGCUCUCGGCCAUCAAUGAGUUCUUGGAUGAUUCCAUUGUGUUGCCUCCGGGUAAUUGGGAUCGCCACGAUCUGCUGCCCUUCGAUGAGCUGAAGGCCAAGAAAGACUGGAUUCGCACGCGUAAAAUCAAGGCACUGCAAGUGAAACGCGACAGCGAAAUGAUCAAGAUCGGACGCGAUGAGGAAAAGUCGUUGCUGGAGAAACAGGCCCUGGGUGCUAUCACAGGAGGACCCGGAGCACCGGGCGGCGAUGGCGACGAUGAUGGCGGGGAUGGCAAAAAGAAGAGACCGAGUCCCAUGGACAAGACGCAUCGACUCUGGGGCGGUCUGAGGAAUGACCUGAAGCGACGCAUGCCCAUGUACGUAAGCGACAUACUCGAUGGCCUCAACACCGAGACGUUGGCAGCGACCAUCUUCAUGUACUUUGCCUGCCUCUCCACGGCCAUCACGUUCGGUGGUUUGGCUUCGGCGAAGACCGACAGUUGGAUUGGCAUCUCAGAGACGUUGAUUGCCUGUUCUUUGGUCGGCAUUGUGUUCCACUGUCUGUCGUGUCAGCCUCUUGUUAUCAUCGGCACCACGGGACCUUUGCUGCUCUUUGAUGAGGCGCUGAUGGUCUUUUGCACUGCGAACCAUAUUAAUUUCCUCGAGUUACGCGUUUAUGUGGGCAUCUGGUUGAUCAUCAUUGCACUUUGUGUCUCCGCGUUUGAGGGCAGCGUCUAUGUGCGUUUACUGACGCGUUUCACGCAGGAGAUCUUCUCCGCACUGAUCACACUCAUCUACAUUAUGGAGACCAUGAUGAAGCUGGUUUCAAUCUACCAAAUGAAUCCGCUGCUCUCCGAUUACAAUCUGCCUCCCCCAACACUCGUGGAGCAUCACAAUGCAACUGGUUUCAAUGAAACUACUGAAGUGAACAUGACAACUGUGGCGCCUCCAACGAACAAGUUGCCCAUCAAUCAACCGAAUACCGCCCUCUUCUGCACCAUACUCACAUUGGCCACCUUUGUGGUCGCCUACUACCUGAAACUGUUUCGCAAUUCACACUUUUUGGGCCGCAAUGCGCGACGAGCGCUUGGGGACUUUGGUGUGCCCAUCUCGAUUGCCAUCUUUGUGCUGAUCGAUUAUCUGGUGCCAUCGGUUUACACUGAGAAACUUGUGGUGCCUGAAGGUUUGACGCCCAGCGCAGCCUCCAAACGUGGUUGGUUCAUUGGCUUCAGCGGCAACUUCGAAGCUUGGAUUCCUUUUGCUUGUGUUGUUCCCGCUUUGCUCGUCUACAUUCUCAUCUUCAUGGAAUCGCAGAUCUCGGAACUGAUUGUGGACAAACCGGAGCGUGGCCUGAAGAAGGGUUCGGGACUGCAUUGGGAUAUUGUUUUAUUGUGUUUGCUGAACACGUUCUGCGGCCUCUUUGGCAUGCCUUGGCAUUGUGCAGCCACCGUGAGAUCCGUGACACACGUCUCCUCAGUCACCAUAAUGUCACGCACACAUGCUCCUGGUGAAUCGCCUCGCAUCAUCGACGUGAAGGAGCAGCGUCUGUCCGGCUUCUUUGUCUGCGUCAUGAUUGGCUUAUCGGUGCUAAUGUCGCCGCUGUUGCGUCUUAUUCCCAUGGCUGUGCUCUUUGGUGUCUUUCUCUACAUGGGGAUCGCUUCGAUGAGUGGCGUGCAGCUCUUUGAACGCAUAAGACUCUACUUCAUGCCGGUGAAGCAUUAUCCACCCACGGAGUAUGUGAAGCGUGUGCGUCCCUGGAAGCUGCAUCUGUUCACCACCAUUCAAGUGAUUUGCCUCGCUGUGUUGUGGACUGUGAAGUCGUCCAAGUUCUCGCUGGCCUUCCCCUUCUUCCUCAUUCUAAUGGUGCCCAUCAGACAUUGGUUGGGUUCGCUCUACAAGCCCGAGGAGUUGCAGGCGCUGGAUGGCAGCGAGGUGCGCAACGAUGAGGAUGAGCCAGAUUUCUAUGAGCAGACCACCAUCCCAGCCUAGAGACUUGAAUGGAAUGGAAAGUGAAAUUCGACCUGACCCAGCGCUUGAGUCAGGCUUUAGGCCAAAUUCAUAAAAAACAACUAACUAAAUUAGUCGUAUAGUAAACGUAGUUAAUCAAAGUAUUAAAGCCCAAAACAAAACAAAACAAAAACAAAAAAGGAGAAACUAUCAAAAGUGACGAGAAACAAACAAGUUCUGGUGAUCGUAACAAAAAACGAACUACCUGCAUUAGUAUUUAGUGAAAUGGAUAGCAAAGAGAAGAUACUUACACACCUGAAGCAAAGGAAAUACUAUUAUACUAUAUAUAUAUAUAUAUAGAUUGUAACGAAGGUUGAGAGCAAGCAAAACAAAACAAAUUGUACCUAAAUUGAACAUACACAUGACAUGAUAGGGCAACAGAGAAAAAGAAAACGAACUUAGCUACAAAAAAAUACGAAACUAAACCGAUCAAGCAACAAGAAAUUACCUUCAUUUCUGCCUUAAACACAAGAUGAUGAAAGAAUGGGAAUAUUUAUAAAGAAAGUGAAAAUGAUAUAAACGAGUAUUUAUUUGUUUUCUCUCGUUAAUUGAUUUUCUUGUAUUAUUAGCAAUAAAAACAUAAAACAUCAUAUAUGUAACUACAUAUUAUAUUAUGAUAACAAUAAUACUUAACUAUCGGUUUAGUCUCAUCGAAAGAGCAAUCGACAUGAUGCAGCAGAUCAGCAGAUGAGGUGGAGAAACUAUUAAACUAUAUAUUCAUUAACUAUUUAGCUUCAAAACUGGCGUAGUGAUAAUUAGUGUCAAACACACACAAACUAAACACCUCCCCCAAAAACCCUCCUCCCCCAUAUGAAAAGAUUAUACAAAUAUUAUACAUACACUAUAUAUACAUAUAUAUUAUUAUAAAUCUAAAAGAAAGAAGAUGUCGAAGUGGAGAAAGUGGAGAAAUUUGUUUGCGCACUUCGCGUUUAGCGCACACUUCUAAAGUGAAUGCUCCGUUGUGACGUAUUGCUGUAAGUUUUGCCUUUAUUUUUUGGGAAUAACAUGAAAUUACCUAUUUGUAUACCUUUAUUGUAUUGUAUAGUCGUAUUUCGAUCCGAUAAUACAGAGAAAGAAACACAAAAACACACACACAUGUACUAUAUCCGUUCGAACGUUCGAAAGCGAUCCAACCUAUUUUUAUGUAACUUGCAUAUACUUGUACUUGUACUCUUAUGCGAUACCUUACUCUUAAGUAGUUGUUGUCUAGUUUGUUUUAUUCAAAUUCAAUAAAAUACGAAAUUAUAUCAAA